AUGUCCGCCGCGCCGACGAAGAGCAACGACAGUCUCUCCUCCGAGGGCGACCCCACCCAGAUCUCCAUCAACCCGCCCACCUCCUCCCACUCGCCCUCCCGCCUCGUCGACUCCACCAGUCCCGGGCACGCUGUCGGCCAGCACCCGUUGCCCCGCGACGAGCACGCGUCUUCCGGCCCUCCCCCACCACCAUCAGCUGCCCAGCCGCCCCCACGACCACCACCAGCUGCUGCAGCUUCCUCUCAACCACACCAAGCGUCAACCCCGCGCCCAUCCGCCCCCGAGCCCAUCCAUCCCUCACCUCUCCCGCUCACCUCUCGCCGCCAAGUAUCCGCCCUGACGGUGCGCACGACCGCAGGCCCAGCCAAGUCCGCCCCGCCUCUCUCGGUGCCCGCGAGUGCCCGGCGCCCGGGCCCCACCGACGUCCUCCACCGGCUCGAGAUGGAGGAGUGGCGCAGCCAGACCGGCGUCGACGACCGCCUCGCCCUCGUUCUUCCCGCCCGCACUGCGGCCACUGCCUCUGACCCGGCCGCCGGCGAGGAACGCAGGGGGAUCAAGGACCGCUGGGGUAACAGCUGGGGCUUGGAGUCGCACGUCUUGAGCCCCCUCAGUGAACGCACCGAGCGAUCGUUGACGACCGUCGGAUCGCUGGUCUCCCUGUCCACAAAGAAGUCCACCCACUCGCUCGACUCGACCUCGAACUCGCUAGCCCAACGGCUCGAGCAAGCGGACACGGCCACGAACGCCCGGAUGGUGCUGAGCAAGCUCGGGCCGAGCGCGGCCCCGAUGACGCGCUCGGUGUCCAGCCCGCUGGCCUCCUCCCCGCUGGUCCGCGAGUUCCUGGGCGCCAAGGAUCCGCAGCCCCAUCUGUUGCUCGAGGAGAAGAGGAAGAGGAGGGAGGAGAGACGGAAGCGCAAGGAAGAGUUCCUGGAGAAGAAGCAGCUGAUCUUGCAGCGGCUGGCCGAGGAUGGAGAGAAUGCGCAUCUAGUACGAGACCUGGGGCUUCUGUACCUGCGAGCGAACGUGGGGGUAGCCGGGAUAAAGCUCGCGAUCCGCCACCUGGAGACGUCGUUACAGAUGGACGAGGGGGACGCGUUAGCAUGGUCGAGUCUGGGCCAAGCGUGGCUUGCGCUGCACGCGGUGCCCGAGGCCGAGCUGGCCAAACUGGGCCCGGACGGCCGGGACACGACCAAAGGACAGCAGAUGCACAACGCGACGAUCGGGCUGCGCAAGGCGAUCAUCAACAGUCGGACGGCCGAGGAUGCCCGCACGUACAAGCUGCACUGGGCCCGCUAUCUCGAGAAGCAGGGCCGCUGGCGAGACAGCCUCGGCGUGCUCGGCGAGCUCAUCAAGCAUGAGGGCAAACACAGUCCUGCCUGCUGGGCCGCACUCGGCUUCGUCGGGCAACGGCUAGUCGUCGACGCCGCCUUCGUUCGUGCUGUCGCACUCAUCGACGACCAGAUCCUUGCCCUCUCUGCUUCCCCUGGUAAGGGUAAAGCUCCCGUCGUCGGCCCUCAUCAUCAGGAGCCGGAUCCACAGGAGAUCGUCGUCGGUAGGAUGCACGCUUAUCGCGACCAUUAUCGGAGACAGAUCGGCAGGCUUGGGCCGGCUGAUGGGGCGGGCGAGGAAGGAGAGGCGUCUGCGCCCGGCGCCGGCGAUCCAUCCAAGAACGCGCAAGCCCAGCCGGCCGUCCCGGCCGUUGCAGCCACCAAGAACGACGCCGACACGCUGGUGACCGAAGAGAUCCGCGAAUGUCCCUCGUCGUCGGUCUCUCGCCGGAGCACGCCCGACCACGCGGCGUGCGGUGUGCCCGUGUGCGAGGACCCGGAGCCGACGGACUACGCAGACCUCAGCGGCGCCCGAGCCGAGCCCCGAUACCGCGAGAUCACGGGCGCCGAUUACGCGGACAUGGAUACGCCCACGACGCUCUCCAGGGCUGCCGGGGGCCCUCUGUCCGAGCCCUUCGACAUCCGCACGCUCGCUGCCCAGCCCGGCUUCCCCCGCGAGCCUCGCCCUCUUGCGCCCUUCUCCGGCUCCGCCGCUUCCGACACCGGGCCCGACAUCGUCGUCCAGUACGACGACCUCGACACCACCAACGACUACAGCGAAUCCAGGACCUCCGACCCCUUCAGGCCCUCGUCCGCCCUCGCCAUCCACCAUCACCACCACCCGCUUCUUCCGUUCCCGAGCCAGACACCGCCCGGCUUCGCGCGCCCGGAGCUCGCGCACGGCUCCCCCGACCCUCCGACCCCUGGCCCUCACAUCCCGCUCCCCUCGAACGGCAACGAGCAUGGGGAGGAGGUGGGCGAUAGGGAAGAGGAAGAGGCCGGCCCUGCCCCGCCGCCCGCCUCGGACCAUACUCCCCCGGUCCAUCCCGACGACGGCCACCCACAUCCUCCGCCUCGAGAGGCUCGCCAUUCGCACUCGGGCAGUCUUGCUAGCAAGCGCUCUCUGGGCCGGCUCGAGGCUGGCUCCUCGACCCACGCUCCUUCCGGAUCCCUCGAGAGGACCCACACGCUUGCGUCGGCCCCCGACCGCGCCGGCGCGCAGGACUGCCCCGGCUGCUCGUCCCGCCCGCGCACUCAGUCGUCCCGCCACGAUCCUUCCCACCAGGCCCAUCUGGGCCCCCUCCUCGACCGCCAACCCACCGCGCUCGACAAACAAAAAGUGCUCGCGUUUCUGGAGAUGGAGAGCGAGUACCAUGCACGGGUCGGCAGGCUGCGCAGGAAGCUGGUGCGCAUCGAGGAGGAGCGGGAGGAGAAGCGGCGGCAGAUGUUUUCGGCGCUGGGCCGCCACUCGGCCAGCCUCUGCUCUGCCAGCCCUGCCGUGCCUUCCAUCCAUCGCCGCUCCCACCCGCUCGCCCAGCCCACUUGCUCGGCCGGCCGGCCCCGCACGUUCUCCCUCGACCAGCCCUUCAGCCACCCGCGCCGGCCCGGACGAGCCUCGCCCGCGUCCUCGUCGCCCGUCGCGCCCCUCGACACCUCCUUCGACUCUUUCUCCGCCGCCGCCGGGACUCUCGCGGACGGCCAGGCGAACAUCGCCCUCCAAGGCAUCGCCGCUAUUCUCAAGCUCGCCUCUGCCCCGCUUCCUGCGGCCCGUGCCUGGCCGCUCGGCGGCUCCUGUCCUUCUGCAUCGUGUGCUUGUAUUUGUUUUGCUUGUUUUUAUGUGGACCGCCCGGCGCACGCUUGA